CUCCCAUCGCUCUCCCUCUCCCUCUCGCUGUGUCUCUUCAAAGCUGUUUUUACUGCACGGCCCCUGCACAUCAUUCCACUGCGAUGGAAAUUAAAUGAAGGUGGCUUAAUGCAGCUGAACGGAGGCAUGCUUUUGAAGGAUGUAGCCGGGUGAAGCGCCACUGCCAGAUUCUUUUCCAGGGGCGGUGGAUUUGUGCUGCUGAGGCGAGGACACAGCAAUCACUCAGCCAUGCAGAAGCCCUGACAAGAGAACUAAUCUCUCCACCUGACUUGUGGAAGCUCCAGCUUUUUUCUCCCUGCAUUAUUUAUCCCCAGUGCUAAAGACAGUGGCACAAUGGAGCCAGCAACGUGAAGUAGAUGGUCGAUUUGUAGUCUUGGACGCACUGACCAUAGUCUGCUGCGCACAUGGAUGUGUUUAGCUUUGUGAAGAUGCCAAAGCUGUCAGGCCACAGGACCAAGUCAUCAGGCUGGCCACCUCCUUCUGGCACCUGGAGCGCCGCUCAUGGACCCUCCAAUGGAUGGGAUAUGGCCACCAAUAGAGACGGACGAGACUGCUACAUCAACCACGUGUCCCAAAGCAGCUCCCUGGAGGAGGUUCGCCUGGACGGGGACAAGUUUGUACCUCCAGCCCCCCGCAAGGUGGAGAUGAGACGAGAUCCAGUCCUGGGCUUUGGCUUUGUGGCAGGCAGUGAGAAACCUGUGGUGGUCCGGUCAGUCACACCAGGAGGUCCCUCUGAGGGCAGACUGACCCCAGGAGACGAGAUCAUCAUGAUUAAUGAUGAGCCGGUUAGCUCCGCCCCCAGGGAGAGGGUCAUCGACCUCGUCAGGAGCUGCAAGGAAUCCAUUGUUUUGACAGUGGUUCAACCGUACCCAUCUCCCAAAUCUGCGUUCAUCAGUGCAGCCAAGAAGGCCAAGUUAAAGUCUAAUCCAGUGAAAGUCCGCUUUGCAGAGGAGGUCAUCAUUAAUGGACAGGUCCCAGAAUCUGUGAAGGACAACUCUCUACUCUUCAUGCCAAAUGUUCUGAAGGUGUACCUGGAGAACGGACAGACCAAAUCCUUCAAGUUUGACAGUAACACAUCCAUUAAGGAUGUCAUCUUGACCCUGCAAGAGAAGCUCUCCGUUAAGAGUAUUGAACACUUCUCGCUGAUGCUGGAGCACAGAAACGAGGGCUCGGCCAGCAAACUCAUGAUCCUCCACGAGCAGGAGAUGUUAACUCAGGUGACACAGAGACCAGGGGCACACAAGAUGAAAUGCUUCUUCCGCAUCAGCUUUGUCCCAAAGGACCCCGUUGACCUGCUCAGGAGAGAUGCAGUCGCAUUUGAAUACCUCUAUGUUCAGAGCUGUAAUGACGUGGUGCUGGAGCGAUUUGGGUCAGAGCUGAAAUACGACACGGCCCUGCGUCUGGCUGCCCUGCAGAUGUACAUCCUCACCAUCAACACCAAGCAGUCACAGAAAGUCUCGCUCAAAUACAUUGAGAAGGAGUGGGGUUUGGCACUGUUUCUCCCUCCUGCAGUACUGUCCAGCAUGAAAGAGAAGAACAUCAAGAAAGCCCUAACACACAUUCUCAAAACCAACCAGAAUCUGGUACCUCCUGGAAAAAAGCUGUCAGCAUUACAGGCCAAGGUCCACUAUCUGAAGUAUCUCAGUGACCUGAGACUGUACGGAGGACGGGUUUUUAAAUCUAUACUGCUGCAAGGAGAGAAGCACACAGAGGUAACCCUUCUAGUUGGUCCAAGGUAUGGCAUCAGUCAUGUGAUCAACACCAAGACUAACCUGGUUGCGCUGCUGGCGGACUUCAGCCACGUCAACCGCAUCGAGAUGUACACAGAGGAUGAGAAGAACGUCAGGGUAGAGCUACAUGUUCUGGAUGUGAAGCCCAUCACUCUGCUAAUGGAGUCCACUGAUGCGAUGAAUCUGGCCUGUUUGACUGCUGGAUACUACAGACUACUAGUGGACUCUCGCCGUUCCAUCUUCAACAUGGCAAAAACAGGGAACGCAGACACCGGCCAUGACUGCAGAGUAAAGCAGAACUAUCAGGCUAUAGAGUGGGCGUACAGCACCUCCUUUAGAGGGUGUGAGGAGCACCAGCACCACAACAACCAGCGGUGUACGUCCAGGGAGCCCUCCUCUAACAGAGACUCAGACUGCAUGGACCAUGGGAGGAGUGAGAGUGACAUGUCCCCCGUCUAUAUCACUGAGAUCCAGCAGCCGCCCCAGAACAACAUGCACAUGGCAGAGAGGGUAGAUACCAGAGGGGGGACCAGAGGCCCAACACACCCCCAGCCCUACCUCUGUGCCCCCAGACCCAAAGCCCAGGACUCCCCCCGCAGUGCCAAGGUCUCCUUCAUCUUUGGGGAUCCACCGUUAGACAGUGUGAACCCCCAGAACCUUGGCUACCAGAGGCUGAUGGACGAAGUCCCAGAGGUUCUACAUGACAACAGCCCCAUGUAUGAGCGACUAGAGGAGGACUACAAGAGCAAGGAUCCCAUGGGGAUAGACGGGGAGGGCUAUCCGUACGGCGCCAAAAUCUUCGGCAACACCGAGUGCAUUGAGGAGCCGCUGCUGCACGACAUCUGCUACGCCGACACCACGGACGCCGACGAGGACGAGGAUGACAUCAGCUGCGAGGAGGACAUGGGGCUGAUGGGGGAUCUGGACAAGGCCACGUUCCUCUCGCUCUCAGGGUCCAGCGAUGACAUCAUCGACCUGACCUCCCUGCCCCCGCCGCCAGAGGGUAAAGAUGAGGAGGAUAACGAGGAUGUAUUGCUUCACUCCCUCAACUUGGCCAUCGCAGCCCCACCCCCAGGCUUUAGGGACAGCUCUGAUGAGGAUGAGCAGCACGGAGGGGCCCAGGGGCAUGUCAGAAAGGGCCAGGGGACCCGUGACGAUAUCCCUGUAUCCCUCAUAGACUCAGUCCCCACACAGGGGGAGGAGGGCCCAGAGGUGGAGGGGGCCCUGGACGAUGCUGUGGUGUCCACCUUACAGGCACUGGAGGCCCUUGCGGCUUCUGAGGAGCAGAGCCCACACCCACAGUCAGAAAAUAGCACAGGUGUAGAAAUAUCAAGGGCCUUUAGCCCCGAGUCCUCAUCGGACUCUGGCAACGAAACUAACUCCUCAGAGAUGACGGAGAGUUCAGAGCUGGUCGCUGCCCAGAAACUCUCUGAAACCCAUCUGAGACUCUAUGUGGCCACUGCUGAGGGCUACCACACUCUGACUGAGGAGAAAACAGAGUUUCCCAUAACACCUUGUGAAGGAAAGGUCGCCCUGGCCAUAAAGCAGAACCCUCAGGAGACCUGGGAGGGGGGGGAGGAGGAGGAGGAGGGGGCCAAGUCCUCAGCUGUGUCCUCCACCCAGAUCCUCCACUCAGAUGGGGGAGAGAUGGAGCCAGAGACCAUGGAGACCAAGUCCCUCACCGACUAUUUCAACAAACUGCACAUGGGCUCUGUGAUGAGAAAGCAGCCAGGGAAGCCGAGUGACACUGAGGGCAGGAUUCAGGGAGAUAACGAUGACUCAACAGAAAAACGACACAGCAACAUCCAGAACUCAAAUAGAGGGGAUCCACCCAAAUAUAAUUCAGACCCACCCAAAUAUAAUGCUAUUCUAAGGGAACCUCCAUACAUGAACCAAUUCGAAUUGGGGCGAACACCCUAUCCGUAUCGAGAGAAGCCCCCAAGAUAUCACCAGCCUCCUGAAAACAAAAUGGCAGACAAUCUUUCCCCAGACUGUGUGAGUGAUUCACAAGCCUCGCACUCUGAUAGGGGAACAAUUAAGGGAGAUAAGCAGGACUCAAAUGAGAGAAGCCUGCGGUUAGACUCUCAUUCCCGCUCCCCCGCCAAAGUCCCCCACAGUAGUGAGGAAGCCAAUUUACCCAGCAGCGACCCACAGCAGCAGCAGACGAGGGUCCCCUCAGCCGAGCAGGAUGUUACACGGUUACACGAGUAUCACCUGAGUAAGCGCAUGUCAUUGUUACAGGGCAGCGAGGGCAUCCACUCCCUCCAGAGCUCCCAGUGCUCCUCCAUAGAUGCUGGCUGCAGUUCAGGAAGCAGUAGCUGUGUCACUCCCAUGGACUCUCCCCUCUGCACUGGAGAAAACAUGCAUCUGCUCUCAGAGUCUUCCCUCAAGGGGCUGGGCUAUAUUAGUGGGGAGGAGAAGGCCUAUGGCACCCAAGGCCAGGGGACACAGCAGGGCAAGGCUAGACAUCAGACCAUAGAUCCCACCCUGCUGAGGAAAAUCCACGCAGCCACCAGUGCCGAGCCUGGAUUCGGUACCAUACGAGGAGAUGGCUGCCACCGGAUGCCCAAGAUAAAAGAAACCACAGCUUGCACCCAGCUCGAGACGGCUGCAGGGGAAGACUCCUCCUCUGCUCUCUCCAACGAGGUCAACGCCACCGCCACCACCACCUCACCACCAUCAUUAACCAGUAGCAGCAGCACAGAGUCCAAUGUGCCCAGUGCCACAAAGCAGCAGGGGUGCCCCUGCACUGAGCCCAUCCCAUGCCGCGCCCAGGCUUUCCCUUCAAGCUUAUACCCAUGUGACCCUAUUACAGGCAGCCUCAGGAAGCCACCGCAGCAAAGGGGUCGGAUGCUGAGAAGGAGCUGCAGCAGCAUCACGCCGGGCUCUAGGAGCCUCGAAGCGCUGUUGGAGAAAACCAAAGCCACGCUGAGUGGGAGGAGUGCCCAGACUGUCCAGUCACCCGACGAUCCCUCCAAGCCACAGAGGAGAUUUUCUUUUUCCAAGACACUUUCCAAGAGCUUGUCCCAGGGAUCAGUAUGGUCCGUUAGAUCAGUUAGCUCUCAGUCCUCUGGCAGGAGGCUCUUCAGAGGUUCCUCUAUCAUGCUGCCAGCAUCAUUGGAUGCCAAGCAGCUCCAAGCCGUGCCACCACCCAGACUGGACAGCAGCACCUGGAUGAGGUGUCAUGGGCCCUUCACACACUGCUUCCCCAAGAGGAAGACCAACACUGAUGAUGAUGAUGAUGACGAUGAAGUCGGAGGUGGAGCAGGAGAAAUCCCCACCUCCCAGCCAUUCUCUGGGGGUCAGAAGGCACAGUCACUCCCUACCAGCCCCAGUGUUGACGCAGAGAACACAGUCUCUUUGUACGCCUCUGGAUCUGAACCCUCCGCUGUGGCUGAACAGCUCAACAUGGCCAGUGGUGUGACUGUGAGCGGCAUGAGCCUGGAAGCAAAGCUGAGCCGUGUGAACUUACUGAAGGGAAAGACCUACACCCUCCCCCAGGGGUUCUCAGAUGCACAGAGAGAUGCCCUGGAUAUGAUGGGCCUGGUGCGCUCCGGUGUAUGCCAGGGAGGUGGCCAGAGGUCAGAGGUCAGUGAGUCCGACCUGUGGAGGUUCAGUCAGCUGCUCUCCAUGGAGGCCCUAGAGCUGGGCAGCGCCUGCAAUCACAUGGCCCUGGUGCAAGGCAGCCCCCAGGAGACCCUACUCACCCUGACUCACAGUUUCCACACGGUCUGUUGCUUAACACAGGCCUGCAUGUCACUGGUGGAGGGCUUGAGCCCUGAGAGCCGGCAGCGCGAGGUGGUAGCCAAGGUGGACGAGGUCGUCAUGAACUAUGUGUGUCUGCUCCAGGCUGCUGAAACGGCUUUGGAUAGUUCCCCCGAUGACCAAAGUGUGAAUGCAUUGACACGUCACUCCACCACCAUGUGUGCUAUCGUCAACAGACUGAGUCACUCACUCACAACACUCUACAAGUAAACAUAACACGGUUAUGAUUAGCGAUUUCAAAGCCAUACAUAAGAGACAUGGGUUUAUUCGACCCAAACCAAUGUGAACUGCUGUGACAAAACCUUGCCUUGUGUAUAUUUUGUUUGAUAUGUAAAGUCAAAUAAAUUCUAUUAAUCAUGAUGACACUUUUAAAAGUGGUUAUAUUCAGGCCUCUGAGAAUAACAAUAUGAACCUAAGGGUAUAUAACCUGAUAUUACUUGAUAAGUACACUUUUACAAAUUGAUAAUCACCUUUUGGGGUGUAAUGUGUAGAUGAACCACCAAUAGGUCCGCCUUUUAUUUGUAUGAAUUAACAUUAAUUAUGUUACACAUGAUACAUAUUAUGUGACAAAGAACUCUAGACAAAUCACUGCGCAAGACAAGAAAUUAUAUUAUAUGAUACAGUCCCUGACGUCAGUAUUUUUCAUUUGCUGAAUCCAACAUAGUUUAUGAAUCUUUGCACAUGUUCACUGAGUACUUUCCUCUUAUUUUUGCCAGCACUACCAUGACAUAUUAAAAGUAAAAAAUGUUGCAACCUGAA